AUGUCAUUUAUAAAUGAUUAUUGUAAAUAGAUAAUUAGACCACCAAGAAGAACAUAUUAAAUGUAAUAAUUAGGUAAUAAAUUUAUUAAGCAUAAGGUCCAAAACUUCGUUUAGUUUAAAAUGUUCCAAUAAUAAGAGAAGAUUUUGAGUUUAUAUCAAGAUAACUAAAAUUAUAGGCUAGUUAUUUUAUAUCGGAAUCUAUUCAUCAUCGUUGUUUGAUAUAUCUUCAUUGUAAUGCUAGUUGUAGAUUAGAAGGAUUGUAAUAUGUAGAGAGAUUACAAGCAAUAGGAGUUAAUUUAUGUGUAUUUGAUUUUGCUGGAUGUGGUUUAUCAGAAGGAAAAUAUAUAACUAUGGGAACAUAUGAGAGUGAAGAUGUUAAAGAGUUAAUGAAUUAUAUAGAAUGUAGAUUUGGUAAAGUUGAUGAAUUUAUUCUUUGGGGAAGAAGUAUGGGAGCAGUAACUGCACUUAUGUUAUCAUAAGAUCCAAGAAUUACUACUUAUAUUGCUGAUAGUGCUUUUACUUAAUUAAGAACUGUUGUUGAAGAAUUAGGAUAAUAAAAAUUUGGAUGUUUCUCUUUUAUGAUUAAUGGAUUUAUACCUUUUCUUAGAAGUAAAAUUAUUAAUGAAGCACAAUUUGAUAUUGAUCAUGUCUCACCACUUAAUUGUGUUAAUAUUCAAAGCAAUUCUAAAAGAUUCUAUUUCCUUGCUGCUAAAACUGACUAAUUAGUACAUCCAAGACAUUCGUAAAUAUUAUAUGAUCAAUGUAAAUCAUAUAAAAGACUUGAAUUAUGUGAUGGCAAUCAUAAUACUAUCAGAUAAGUUGAAACAUUAGAUCAAAUUACUAAAUUUAUCAAUCUCUUAUAAAUUGAUUCACCAUUAAAUUCUGAUUAUACUAAUAAAUGCUCUAAAUAUUUUAAUGAAGCUCAAUAAUGUCUUAAUAGCUAUAGAAUAUGUUAAUUAGAAUAAGAAGAGUAACUUAAAGAAUAUGUCAAAUAAUUAGAAAGAAAAAGUAUCUUAAAAUCAUAUCAAUAAUAACAAAGAGAUAUUUCAGAUUUAGAAUAAUAUUUAGAAUGA